UUCAAGGAGAGUGUCAAGCCCAAGAUGGUACACAUGGUGCCACCAAACUUCAUCAAUGGGCUUGAGGCAGCCUUUGAGGCGGUUGCCAACCCAAACCCCCGGAAGAGGAAGAACAGCUGGGAUAGCCAAGAAGGAGAUGGGGACGACGGUGAACGUGAUGGCACCAAGGCUGCAUCAGGAAGUGGGACUUCACAGGGUGUGCAGCGUGCCAAGAGGUACAUCCUGGAGAAGUUGUACAAGUUCUUCGAUCCAGUCCUGAAGGACUUCAAUUCAGCAUCCAAGAUCUACUUGGAAGUGACCGAAAAGGAGAUUGAGGACUUCAUGGUUACGCUGGGUGGGCGAGACAGAACCGUGGCUGGCUUCCACUUGGACUCUGAAGCAACCGACCAGGACAUACACGCACGUGUCCGGAAGUCCCUGGUUGAGAGAUGGAACAACCGCAAGAAGUGGAUUGGAAAUCUACAGCAGCAGGCCAAUGUGGAGGAUGCUUUGAGAUUCAACUCCUUUGGAGCUGACGAAGAGGAGUUUGAGAAGUACCAGUCUUCACAGUCGCACCUGGAAUACUUGCAGAAGAGCUUAGGGCCUCUAAACAAUGAAGAUGACAAGUUCGUCUUCAUUGUCGAGGGCAAGGACAGUCCUGUGCUCUUAGCUGGCGGUGUGGUCUUUGGCAGUCUUG